AGGGAUGAUAUCAAUAUCAAAGUCAUCAUUUGGUUAUUAGUUGCAUCACCUGAGAGAAAAAGAGACUUUGAAAGAAAGUAAACACCGGAAAAUUGUAAGCAGUUGAUUGACAGAGAGAGAGAGAGCGACAACGACAGGCGACUGUGUACUGCACUGAAGACAGAGGAGAGGACUCUGCUUGAUGAAUUGAGUAGAAAAAAAAGUUAAUAUUGUGAGAUCAAAUGAGAUCAGUCCUUCACUGACGGCUGUAAACAUUUUUACUGAGAGAGUUAGAGGAGACCACCGGCACCCAGGUAAUACCCAAAGCAGAGGAAGAAGACUUUUUGAGUCUACAUACACCAGGUGGACUUUUAACGGUGAAACCAUGUCUCGACACUCCGGGCAGCUCUUCCCCAUCUUCCUCCUUUGCUGUCUUCCCCUCGCAGUGAUGUCUCUGCGCUGUUACACCUGUAUCUUCCCCUCCAUCUCCCCCAUGGACUGCCUGAAGUAUCCUCAGGAGUGUCCGGCCGGCCAGCGCUGUCUGGCCAGCACUGCGGUGGCGUCCCAAGGUAGCCUGCGCCUGGUCCUGUACGAGAGGAGCUGCGCCAUGCCUGGCCAGUGUGGCCUGAGUGGGGAGAAACACGCCGCAGGUCUCAACUUCUCCUACAGCAACGAGUGCUGCGACACUGACCUGUGCAACGCAGCCACAGGCACUGCUGCCUCCUCCUGGACAGGCCUGGUACUGUGCCUCAUUGCACUACCCCUGGUGCACAUAUUUGGCUGAGUGGAAAUAAAGCAAUUCCACACACCUAGUGCUACAGUAGACGAGACACAGGUCUGCACAUAAACAACCAAAAUGGCAUACAUAUUUUCAUAGUUUAAAUAUAACGGGUGUGUUUUAGGCUGAUGCAAACUAACUUUCCCAUUAUAUAAGGUAGGCUACACAUCAUAGUUUUACAAUGAAUUUUAAAUUGACCAAAAACAGUAUAUGUAGCCUAUGAGAAAAAGAGGGGGUUGGAAAUACACUGAGGAACAGAAUAACCAUACUGGCGUUAUCGCUGCUUGGUGUGAAAUACCUAAUGUGAUUGUGGUUGCAAUCUCUAGUUGCACUGUUAGCUUUUUUAAACUCGUUCUGCUUGUGACGGUAGCCUAUAGCCAAAUCGACUAAUUCACAUCAAUAACAACCACACUUGGUACUUGGACUUAUUAACUUAUUCAAUAGCAGUGUAUACAUAUUAAUUUAGUGUACAGUUUGAAAACACUACAUAGGCCUAUCAGAUAACAUCAUAUCAGGUCCAUCCUGUAAGUAGUGUGAACACACUGCUUACCUUUUAAAGGUGUUCUAAACGAUGUUAUGUGGUUUCUAAGCUAAAACAUUUGUCACAUACAGCAAAUAUCUCCUCACGCUAGCUGCAUGGCCCUGAAUGCACUGUAGACAGCCCAGGCUCCAAAAACAGCAACAACAGCCUGGUCCAGCCUGGACCAUGAAACAUAGCAAACAGUUCCAGCUAAUCACAGACACGAUGCACGUUCAUGUCAGUUUCAAUUGCACAGGAGGGAGGGAAGAGUUACACUUCUACAGAAGUGAGUGACGUUACCCAGAGAACCUUUAAUAAGUAACAAAUUAAGAAUUGGGUUUGUGUAACAAAGACAAUUUGGUGUUAAUGUACUAGAACAGAAGAAUAUGCCCAGAGAAGAAAUAACUUUUAUGACAUUGUUAUAAGAGAGAUUUAUGAAACCCUUUAUUAUAACUACAGUCGACUUUAUUUAGUCUUUAGACAUUGUUUCAGAGUUGGAAGGGGAAAAAACAGUGUGGAUCAAAGUCUUGUUUUCUGUCUGCAAACUCAAACUCAGCAGCUGACAAUGAUCUUGGAAAAAGUAUGUGUGAUGACACUGUUCUAUG